AUGGCAAGACUUACUAACGAUGCGCAGUACAAUGCCGGCAAAAGGUGUGGACAUGUACCAAGUCCAUGGUCCAAAGCGGGGAAUCAGCAGACAAGGUGCCUCCAACUAGGUCGCCGUGAUAAUGCGACCAAUGGCUGUCACGACGUAGCUGGCGUAAAGCUAACUAUGAAUCUUCACUUGAGCCUCAAAGCUGAAAUUGAUGCACGUCAGGAGAGUUUAAUGACUUGUCUGCUCGCCGGUGUAUCACUCUAUCAUCGGAUGAAAUCCCGUGGCGAACACGGAAAGAUUCUUACCUUCGAGGUGAACGAGGAUGAGGACGACGAUGGCUUUGAAGAAGAUAUAUAUAUCAGUCGGCUUAUACGAAUGAGAGAUGAAGAGGCUUUCGCAGCUGGCAACGCUUGGGUAAUUGAUGGGGACGACGUGGAAGAGGAUGAUGAGGAUGCUGAACGUGAAGAGGAAGAAGAAGAGGCAAAAGAAGCGAAUAAUCUUGCACCGCAGCUUGAAAUAAGUCCUCAAUACACAGUUGGAUUGUAUACCGAUUCUCUUGGUUCCGGUGUACUUUCAACCACGAUCCGUCACGUCCUUACUGGCCAGGAUAAGCUCAUUGUUUCCAAUAAAAUCGAGGACCGAACAAAGGAGGACUAUAUGACGGAAGAGAACGGAGAUGUCCUGGGCCAAAUGUGCACAGCGAAAGACACAAGUUUACCUCCAGUUGCACUAUCUGGUGUGGAGCAAGAAAGAGCCGAUUGGCAUGAGACGACGACAAGCAAUGCAAUUGACGGGACUAGUGAGGCUGGUGAUGAGAUAAUGUUUACAGCUGGAUCCGAAAUUAGCCGCCAUGACAGUACGAAAGUGCACAUAGAACAAGCGGAGGUGCUUACGGAAACUCAAGCUGAACUUGCGUCACCAGAGCUCCCAGAUGUUCCAUCGUCACUGAUGAAUUUGGAUCAGACGCCUAGUCCUACGGCCGAUCAAAAUAGGUCCGAGACGAGGCUAGUGAGAAUCGUUGGUAGUUCUCAUGAGGCUGACGAAGCGGAAAAGCAGGAUGAAGUAGUUUCAAAUAAAUCGCAAGAUCUGUCUAUGGAAGAAAAUGGACAAUUCGGAUCCACUAAAUCUGCAGCCGCUUCACUCGGUUCACCAGCAAUUGAA